ACCACCAGCGGUGUUGAUGACAGCGGUGGUGGUGGUGGUGGGGGGGGGGGAUUUUUUCAGGGGGCCGGUGAACCUGUCGCUGCCGAGGAGCGGGUGGCGAGGCGGCGGGGGGCGGGCGAAACGAGUUGGCCUGGCGGCCGGCGGCCGGCGGCCGCCCCAGUGCUGACGGGGACGCGGUGGCGCGCAGUGCGAGCUACACCGGCUCUCUGCGGCGAAGCUCCAGCUCCAGCUCCAGCCCAGCCUGUCUCCGGAGAUGAUGGCCUCCCCUCUGAAGCUACUGCUGCUGGCGGCAGUGCUGCUUGCUGCCUGCACUUCUUCUGUUCACGCCGGAGAGGAGGAAGUCCACGAGGUGAAAACCGCCGGAGUGGAGGCUCCCGAGGCGGAGCCUCCCGCACCGGAAGAGCACGACACGGCCGGUCACGAAUCCGACUCUGAUGAGGACUCUCACGAAGAUGACCAUGAUGACGACCACAGCUGGUCUUACGACGGAGAGGCUGGUCCCGAGAAGUGGUCCCACCUGGGCUACAGCCAGUGCAGCGGCCAGCGGCAGUCGCCGAUCAACGUGGUCACCAACCGCGUCAUCCGCCGACACUUCAAACCGAUCGUGUUCGAGAACUUCAACCAGAUCCCGGAGGAGAUGAACAUGACGAAUAACUUUCACUCAGCGAAAGCGGCUCUGGACUGGGAGAGAACACCCAAGAUCAGCAGCGGCGGUCUUCCCGGCGAGUACCGUGUGAUUAACUUCCACUUCCACUGGGGACGGAUGGACUACCGCGGCUCCGAGCACACCAUCGAUGGAGAGAGCUACCCGCUGGAGAUGCACAUCGUCUCACAGAACACCAAGUACGACGAGCUGUCUGAAGCGCUGCAGCAUCCCGACGGACUGGCUGUCAUGGGCAUCAUGUUCGAGGUUAGCCGCGCCAACAACCGCGCCAUGAAGCGCCUGGAGCCGGCGCUGCGGCGCAUCGUAAAGGGCGGCGCUUCAGUGAGCGUGGACGAGCCGCCGCGGCUGCAGGACCUGAUGCCCUGGAACACCAACGACUUCUACCGCUACGACGGCUCUCUCACCACUCCCAACUGCAACGAGGUCGUCACCUGGACCAUCUUCCUCGAGACGGUCAAAAUCACACAGAAACAGCUGGAGCUGUUCCGCGCACUGAAGAAGAACCCGGCGCCGAUCGGCCGCAAUUACCGUCCACCGCAGGCGCGCUACGGACGCUCGGUGUACCUCAGCCAGCCCGAGGAGGAGGAGGUCGAGACCAUCGGCUUCGCUGGCAAGACGGCGGCCGUUCGCAGCGGCGCGCCGGCACUCACCGAGGGCCCGCUGGCUGCCCUCCUGACCUCGCUGCUGGCGGUGCGGCUGCUCUUCUGAGCCGCGCCGGCCACCGGCGGUCGGACAUUCUUGUAGUGAUGAUCGCAGGGGGCCGGCUGGCGCGCGGCCGGCGCCCGAGGCGGUGGAGAGCCCUGGGACUGUAGGGUUUCGGUCAGUGGCGGAGGACGGCUGCUCGCGCGUCCUCUCAGAGCCCGGCGACUCUGGUGGUCAAAAGGCGGUUAGGUGUCCGCGACGUGAGACUUGGCGCGUGCGCGGGUCGGACCGGCUCGACGGCUGCGCCGCAGGGCUAGUGCUUGGUCCGUAUGACGAGCUCAGAGUCCUGCGGCGCUCGGCUGGUGCGGCCCGCGACGUGCUGAGAAUGCUGUCUCACCUACUCACCAUGUGAUACGGAGUCUGCGUCAAACCGAGCAUCGGCUGCCGGGCGCUCGACUCCGCCAUUUACCAUAACGUACCGCAAUAUCCAGUUCUUGUGUCGUUGAUGCUUUGUUGGUCAGGUUAGGUGUGCGUUCUGUGGAUGUCGUUUGGACGCGUGUAGGGCGUAGCUGUAGUGGAAUGUACAGACUGGAUCCUGUCCGUAAGCGUUUCGGACGCGGGGGAUAUUUUCGCUUGGAUCGCGGCAUUUUGAUAGAGUCUGGACUCUAGCUCAACGUUCAUGCAUGUGCGCCGCGACGAUGGGCCUUGCUUGUCUGUCUGUCUGUCUGCGUGUCUGCUGUCACGCAGAACACGACAAUUGACACAUUCACCCAUACCGAGCGGCAACCCGCGGCACCGAGUCUUCCCCAGACUCGGUGCCGGGGAUCGUAUCAGGUCACAGAAAACUAUUUCAUGCAUGGCUCAUAACUUAUUGUCAGAGGGUAGCGAUAAUGGUGUUUGUGUCAAUAUACAGUGUUGUGCUA